CCGAAGUGCCAGGAGCUACGUGUGCCAGCGGUCACAGCUAAGCGGUGGUGCUGCUUGUCCUCUCCUGAAGCUUUUCUGACUUCACAUUUUCUUGAGGGUGUAGUGAGAGGAGCUGCCCGAAGCCAGUGGAUGAGGAUCAUGUUUGUGUGUCAGUGAUUAUCGCACAGCUAUUUGAAGAAGUAAGCCCUCAGGUUAUAAAAAUGUUCAGUGCGAGCCAGUCCUCCAAAGCCCAGUUCCUCGACAAAGCGCGCCAGGCUCGGGAGGAGCGGAGGGAGCUGAAGGAGAGGGAGCGUGCAGCCAUCCAGAUCCAGGCUUUGAUCAGGAGAUUUCUCUGCCGAUGCCGCCUGCAGAGGGAGAUAAGGAGAGAAGUGGAGGAUUUCUUUGGGGCAAAUGAAUCUGGUUCAAGUAAAAGAAGUGCUCUUUCUAUCUUCCGAAUUGCUAGGAAACUGCUGUUUGUGUUUAAUCAUAAAGAGGACAAAGAGAGAUUUGAAAAGCUGUGCCGGUGUAUUCUUAAUAGUAUGGAUGUUGAGAACGAGCCCAAGGUGUGGUAUGUGUCACUGGCGCUCUCCAAGGAUCUUACGCUCUUAUGGAUCAAGCAGAUCAAAGAUGUUUUGUGGUUUUGCUGUGAAUUUCUCAAGCAGCUUAAACCUGACAUCUUGCAAGACUCCAGACUGGUCAAUUUGCACCUCACAAUGCUUGUCACCUUCACAGACACUUCUACAUGGAAGAUCCUUCGGGGAAAAGGUGAAACCCUGAGGCCUGCCAUGAACCACAUCUGUGCAAACAUCAUGGGACAUCUAAAUCAGAAGGGAUUUUAUUCUGUGCUGCAGAUUUUGCUAACUAAUGGCUUGGCAAGAUCCAGACCUUCCUUGUCCAAAGGCUCUUUAACUGCCGUCUUCUCUCUUGCAUUGCGCCCAGUGGUUGCUGCACAGUUUUCAGACAAUCUGUUGAGGUCGUUUCUGAUCCAUAUCAUGUCUGUGCCUGCUAUAAUGACUCAUCUUGCUACUCUAACACCUGAGCGUCUGGCGGUGAUAGAAUCUCAUGAUCUUUUCCGCAAGUUCAUCCUUUUUUUAAGUCGUGAAGCGCAAUGCCGAGAUGUCUGCGUGUGCCUAGAAGGAAGCCACACUCUUUGUUUGUUGGGUAAUCUUGUGUACUUGGGCUCCUUGAAUGAUAAAGUUCUUGAGGAGGAGACAGCUCAUUUUGUGGGUGUGCUCAUUCACAUGCUCUCCUACUGCCAGAAGUAUGUUUCACAAAAGAAAUCCAACCUCACUCACUGGCAUCCUGUUCUGGGCUGGUUUUCACAGACUGUGGAUUAUGGAUUGAAUGAGUCCAUGCCUCUGCUGACAAAGCAACUGCAGCAUCUCUGGGGAGUCCAUAUGAUCCGCAUCCUCUUCAGUGAUGUGCUCAGCAAGAAAUUGCUGGAGAAUCAGGAAAUAGCUCAGCUUCCAGCACAGCCAGUGUCCCCUCAGAACAGCCUUCCUAUGAAAAAUCUUUUCAAGAGAGCUUUCCAGAAGUCUGCAUCUGUCCGCAACAUUCUCAAGCCUGUUGGUGGCAAGCGAGUGGACUCGGCAGAAGUGCAGAAGGUGUGCAGCAUCUGUGUCCUGUACCAAACCACGCUUGCAACGCUAACACAGAUCCGUCUGCAGAUACUCACAGGCCUCACUUACCUGGAUGAUCUGUUGCCCAAAUUAUGGGCUUUUAUCUGUGAGCUGGGACCACAGGGUGGGUUAAAACUCUUCUUGGAGUGCUUGAACAAUGAUACGGAGGAAUCCAAGAGGCUGCUGGCCAUGUUGAUGCUCUUCUGUGACUGCUCCCGCCACCUUAUCACGAUUCUUGAUGACAUAGAAGUCUACGAAGAGCAGAUUUCAUUCAAACUGGAAGAGCUGGUCACCAUCUCAUCUUUUCUGAAUUCCUUUGUAUUUAAGAUGAUCUGGGAUGGAAUUGUAGAGAAUGCCAGAGGGGAGACCCUGGAGCUGUUUCAUUCUGUCCAUGGCUGGCUCAUGGUCUUGUAUGAAAGGGACUGCCGCAGGCGUUUUGCUCCCGAGGAUCACUGGUUACGCAAGGACCUCAAACCCAGCGUGCUCUUCCAGGAGCUGGACAAGGACAAGAAACGAGCCCAGCUGCUCCUGCAGUACAUCCCGCAUGUCAUUCCCCACAAGAAUAGGGUGCUGCUUUUCCGAAAUAUGGUUACAAAGGAGAAGGAGAAGCUUGGGCUGGUUGAAACCAGCUCCGCGUCGCCUCAUGUCACACACAUCACUAUCCGCCGCCAAAAAAAAAAGCCAGACGGAUAUGAACAGCUACGGCAGCUUUCCCAGAAUGCCAUGAAGGGAGUGAUCAGAGUGAAGUUUGUGAAUGAUCUGGGUGUCGAUGAGGCUGGUAUCGAUCAAGAUGGUGUCUUCAAAGAGUUUUUGGAAGAGAUAAUAAAGAAGGUGUUUGACCCCGCACUCAACUUGUUCAAGACAACCAGUGGUGAUGAGAGGUUGUAUCCAUCCCCAACAUCCUACAUCCAUGAGAACUACCUACAGCUCUUUGAGUUUGUGGGGAAGAUGCUUGGGAAGGCUGUAUAUGAGGGAAUAGUUGUGGAUGUACCAUUUGCUUCCUUCUUUUUGAGUCAGCUACUUGGGCACCACCACAGCGUCUUCUACAGCUCCGUAGAUGAACUUCCUUCCUUGGACUCGGAGUUCUAUAAAAAUCUCACUUCAAUUAAGCGUUACGAUGGUGAUAUCAGUGACUUGGGCUUAACGCUGUCCUACGAUGAAGAUGUGAUGGGUCAGCUUGUUUGCCAUGAACUUGUUCCUGGAGGGAAGACCAUUCCCGUUACCAAUGAAAAUAAGAUCAGCUACAUCCAUCUCAUGGCUCACUUCCGGAUGCACACGCAAAUCAAGAGUCAGACGGCAGCACUCAUCAGCGGAUUCAGGUCGAUCAUUAAGCCUGAAUGGAUCCGUAUGUUUUCUGCACCAGAGUUGCAGCGGCUGAUCUCCGGUGACAAUGCUGAGAUUGACCUCGAGGACUUAAAAAAACACACGGUGUACUAUGGGGGCUUCCACGGCAGCCACCGGGUCAUUAUCUGGCUGUGGGACAUCCUAGCCAAUGACUUCAGCCCUGAGGAGAGAGCCAUGUUUCUCAAGUUUGUUACCAGCUGCUCCAGGCCUCCACUUUUGGGCUUUGCCUACCUCAAGCCACCUUUUUCCAUCCGCUGCGUGGAAGUCUCUGACGAUCAGGACACGGGUGACACGCUGGGCAGUGUGCUACGGGGCUUCUUCACAAUCCGCAAGAAAGAGCCAGGCGGGCGUCUCCCAACCUCCUCUACGUGUUUCAACCUCCUCAAGCUUCCCAACUACAGCAAGAAGAGCAUCCUGCGGGAGAAGCUGCGCUACGCCAUCAGCAUGAACACUGGCUUCGAGCUGUCCUAGUUGCCAUGGCCCUGGACUCUGCAAUGGGGGCUCUCAGAGCUGCUGACUGCUGCUGGAGGUGGAGGCCUUCACACACAGAGGGUGGAUCAGCUCCGCGGGAGCUGACUGCUUGUUCGAAGGCUGGAGAGAUGCAGCUGAUAAUAGAAGUUUACAGGGAAGAGCUUUUGGGCUAGACAGGGCUGGCUCUUCUUGGGCAUUUCUCCAGGAUGAAGGAGCUGAUGGGCCUGACCCAAUACACUUCACUUGACACCCACGUAAAUCGUCUUUAAAAGCAAACCCCGGGGGAGCAGAAAAGGAACAUUAAAAGUGCCAGUCAGAUUAGUGACUGUAAUACCCCCCAGCAGGCUGUGCAGUCUGGGCAGCUGCUGCUGUGGGAGUGUUUCUUUUUCCUUUCCCAGGAGAUGGUCCAGUUUCUUACUGGGUGGAAGUCAGUCUGUGGGAAGCUGCACAAAGGCAAAAACAUGACAGAGCCCACAGGGAGACGAGCACGAGGCUGCAGCAUUGGAUGUGCCACAAAUGGGCACUGUUUAUUCAGGACGGGUACUGCGUGGGGGCUUCCCGAUGCCUUUGCUCUGUGCGAGGCCUUUGCAUUUGUCUUGGAGAAGGAACCACUGGCCCAGACUCGAGAAGCAGCAGGUUAAACGCAAGCAGAUGGACCCUGCCAUUCUCAGGAAGGCUUCAGAGUGCUGUAGGUUAAGAGCUCAAGCAGCAGGCGUGGGGGUCAGCGUGCUGAGCCAGCUGUGCCUCUGCCAAGCUCUUGCCAGAGCCUGUGCUUUGGACGAAAGUGGUUGUUGCCUGCAUUUGCUCAGGAGCAGAAAUGGUUUGAUUUUUAUUUAGUUUCCGGAGGACAGGAGCUGGCGCACAGCUCGGGCAGCCCUCGCUCCCCAGCACAGCGCUGAAGUGGGGCAGGUGCCCCCCGCGCCCUCUGGAAGGGGAAUGUGCCGAGCUGCUGAGUGCCCUCGGGAAACCUUCGCUGGCAGAAUUCCUCUUACUUGGAUAGAAGUUUCACUUUGUUUGCAGGCUCUUUUGUUAGGGAGAUGUGCUGUUUCGAACCAGGACUUGGCCUCUGCGUAACAGCCGCGUUUGCUUUGUUGCCAAACUAUUUAUUUUGGUUGCUUUGUCUCUUUCUGGCCUUAUUUUUAAUCGUUGAUGUUUGCCUGUAGCAGGCAGCUUUUUCAGGUUGUUCCAAAAGUGAGGGUGUGAGUGGGGGUGUGCGCACGUGUGUGUGUGUGUUUGGGAAGGCGUGGACCCUUCCUGCCAUUAAUGAAGUCCAGAGCCUGAUUUGCAAAGCGUCCCUGCAGCUUCCCAGCCCUGGUCCCUUGUGCUGCUGCAAGUCCUGCCUUGGCCCGGGCCGGGCGGGAGGAGAGGCUGCCGUCUCCUGGGCUGCUCUGUCCUUGCUGGGUUUCUGGCACGAAGGAAAGCCAUGUACGUUCUCCUGUUCGGGACAGGAUUAGAAACCAGUCACCUUCUCCCCUUCCCCUCUUCCUGCUCACUAAGAAAACAAGCCCCCCCCGAGGCUGCUGGUGUCUCCCCCUGGACUUCCCUUCCCCUCCUUACCUUCCUGUGGCCCUGGUGACCCUCGCCCUGCGCUCGGGCCCCUCCGCACCGUACGGGCAGGUCGGCUCGGAGCCUUGCUGCACAGGUCAGCUGGCAGCAGCAGCUCCAGCACCAGGCUGCCGUACCCUACCUCAUCCUCUGGCUUGCCUUGGCCCAUCCCGCGGGCAUCCGCGUCCCCAGGCAUGCUCAGCGUGGCACAGGUCUCCGCUCGGAGAAGGCUCCCUGGGCUCUUUGGAAGACCCUCUUAACCACGAUACGUUGCACAUUUCAAACAGACCAGAAAAUACUGGGCAGCCUUCAACCAAGAGUAUAGAGGUGGCCUUUGCUUCAUCUUCUGUCUUGCUUCAGCUGAUUCUCAGAGCAGUAACCCUUUUUUUAGAACCACUGCCUGGAAUUGCAUCUGGAAAGCAACGUCAGGAUCCUUUUUCUACAUCAACCCAGUGAUAAUAAACAGGAGUGAUGGGAAGUGUUAGUGAGGACAGGAGUGUCUGCGUUCAGAGGAUUCACGAUACUGGACCGAGUCCAGAGAAAUUAAAGAUGAUAGUAAAUUUUUGGGGUGGGUAAUUUUUUAUUUUUAUUUUUUAUGUAGAGCAUUUCGGCGUUAGCGAGUGGCUGACCAUGUAGUUGAGAGGUUUGGGCACUGACUUGUACCAAGCGUAGUUUAAAAUACCACACAAGAUCUUUUGUUUCUUCUAGGGAUAUGCAAUGUCGAAACAGAGCACAAUGAUCGUUCAGUGAAGUGAGUUGUUGAACACAGCGAAAUAAAAUCUUUGCUCCCCUUUCUUUCUUCGUUCCUCAGGAGUACAAUUCCUAGAAAAGAUCUUAAUGCAGACUUAGCUAGGUCCCUCCGAACCUGGAAAUAUUGCACUACGAGACACUACAUCCAAUUUUGUAGCUAGCGUAUAAAAUGUGAUUGUCUAGUAACCGCCCUGGUGGCUGUGUGUGCAACAAUAAUAUUUCUCUUGAGUAGCUGAUUUCUGUAUGACUGGGAGGCUUUAAUACAUUUUUACCUGAGCAGUAGGCUGCAAAUGUGUAUGGGUCCCUGCCUGCGCCGCUGUAUUCUGCGCGGGUGAUCUUUGCGGGGCAGGGAUGGUUUUGCCGUGGGAGAUUAAUGACUAUUUUUUUCUAUAGAAGACUUGCUGCUGCGGAGAUCUUGGUUACAUCUCUUGUAUCAGAAACGCAGAGAAGAGAAAAAUAAACCCGGUAUGAGGAAGAUGAUUGGAUGCCUCCUCUUUUUGUCUCCUUUCCCUGGGCAUGCUCCUGCUCAGAGCACAGGGGAGAGCAGAGCUCUGGGGUGCUGGUACCUCUGCGAGGAGGGGGAUGGAGGCUGCUGGUCCCUUGGAAAUCCCUUUUCUCAGGCUGGUUCCUGGUGUGUGUGCUCGGGUGUCCCUGAGGAACGGACUCCCUGGGGCGCUGCUGGUGGUGGCUGUGUGCCCCUGAGUCCCAAGGGACCCAGCAGGGUUGUUUGAAGCAGGAUUUGUUCUUGUGGAUUGGAACGUGCUCCUUGGCCCUGCAGGGCGCUGUGGCUUCAGUUGUUGGUACCUUCAUGAGCAUGCGGGUGCUCCUGGGAUGUAGGGGUGGUGAGCCCGGCCCAGGGCAGCGGCUAGCAGUGCUCUCUGCACGACUGGUCAGCUGGGAAUGCUGACUGGGGCCACUGGUGGAAACGAAACUGCACUAGAAAGCCAAGCAAGACCCCCCCAGCGUGGGAGAGCGGGGCAGCGUGUGUGGCUGCAGAUGCCCCAUCGAGUGAGCGCUCUUUCCCAGGAGUUUGCUGCGGGUAGAAGCUGGAGGUCGGUGGCAGAGCUGUCUGCCUACGGAGGUUCUGCUCCAGAAGCCAGGGCUGGGUCUGGAUGGCCAGCAGGGCACCAAGGAAUGUGACGCCUCUUGGUUGGGGAGGGAGAAGAGGCACAAGGAGAUGCGGGUUUGUGGGGCAAGGCUGUGCUUUCUAUUUUAGAAGCUGCCCUAAGGACCAGGUGUGGGAGCUGACACGGGGUUUGUUCAUAAUAAUGUUAUAAUAAUACAGGCAUUGUGUUUCUCCCCUGGUGUGGCUCUGGGAGCAUCCUGGUAGGAAUGAGGAGCUGUGCUGCCUGCUGCUGCUCCAGUUGGCCCCCUCGCCCAUGGAAUUCAGGUUUGGUGCGUGGCAGCACAGCCCUUCGCUGACCGGCUCCCCCAGCUUCGGAGCCGCGCUGCAGCCUCCCCUGCCCAACCUUACCGUGCCGAUUGUGCGCGCUCGCCCCCAGAGCGCGGUGCUUGGGGCCAGCCCUGUGGGCGCUCGGGCUUCGCUGGGGAGAGGGAGCUCGGUGGGAGCGAGGGAGAGGGCUCCCAGUCAGUGUGCAAGCGCCAUUGUUUUGACACGGAGGCAUAUGGCGCCGUCAGAAACGGCAAAAUGAAACCCCACAGCAGAUGCUGCCAAGGCAGAAAGCUGGCAGCAAGCAGCCGGGCCUGCAAAAUGCCUGCCUCGCCAUCGCUGCGUGGCGGGCCAGCGCGGCACGGUCUUGCCAGGGCUGGCUCUGCGCACGCCGCCGUACCACGGUGAAGGCUGACUGUGGCCGAGGCGCUUGGACCGCAUGCACGCUGGGCGCUGCCGGGUGCGGAGCUGGGAGGGAUCGCCGGCGGCUGGAGCUCCCUCAGCGGCGGGGCUGGCAGGGAGCGGUGCUGGGGUGUCCCAACCGCGGCAGCCGCUGUGCGGGCAGGCCCUGGCCGGGGGCACGGCACCGUUGCCACGGUGCAGGCACAGGCGUGUUUUGGGAGCAGACAGCUCUUCUUGCUGCUCCUUUUCUGCUCCUACAGACUGUCCCAAGCCAUUUCGUACCCCUGUCUUGCACAACCUCUUGGCCCGUGCUCUGUGCCAGGGCUGGUUGCAAGUUCGGACGGAGAGGGAGGAGGGUGUGCUGAGCUCUGGUUGCCACAUCCCUGAGCAGAGCGAGAGGAGGUAUUCCUGCAGCUCAUUUUUGUGUUUGCUUCCUUUUACGGAGACACGCAGCAGCAGCAGCUCCUGCAGCGCCUUAGGGACCUGAUUUAGGUCAGACCUACAGGCACUGGCUUGGCACCGCCGCCUCCUGGGCGAGGGGUGUUUAACGCUGGCUGUUCAGAAACGCGCUUCUGGGGCUGUUUCUCAGGUCAAGUUCUUUGAUACUGCCCCUCUGCAGCUCCCCCUUCACCCCAGGGCGGUUGAGGUGCUAGCUAUGGCCCCGGGAGCCGCCGUAGCGGGGACAGGGCACAGAGGAGGGCACUUUCUACCAGGUUGCAGCAGAGGGAGGGCUGAGGGACGAAGAGGGCCCUUUCCUCAACACAAAUGGGCUGAACCUGCUUCUGAUGCAGGGACGGUGGCUCUCACCCUGGGGCACCCCAGCUGCACCCCUGCCCUUUUCUAGCCAAGUCUUGCCUUGCUGUAGUAUGAGCUGUUUGGGUGGGGAGGAUUUUUCUUUGACCCCUUCCAGGCAAAAAAUGGGUAUUACAGGGCCCUGCGGCUGCAGAGAACUUGAUCUGAUGGCAGAUGUGGUCCCUUCUGGUCCUCCAGCCCAAGAGGAGGGGUGCAGGACUGCUGCUGGUUCCCCAUUGCCAGGGCUGUGCCCCCCCAAGCCCUGCCCUUCAGCAGCAGCAAGCACCAGGCUGGGGGGGCCAGCGCAUCCCGUCGAGGUGGGGGCGCACACAGCCCUUCCUUCUGUGCAUUAGCAGAGGAAACGCUGCCUUGUAUAAAUUUACAUAUGACUUGGCAAAAUGUAUGUUUGUGUCAUUUCUGCAAGAGCAGCAGCCGGCUCUGCUGCUUACACAUUGUGGCGGUAAUAGAGGUGCUUGAGUUAUAGUGAAACUUAUUUCAUUUUACAGCUCCUACAGCGUUAACAGAUGUACGGGCGUCUGAUCCAAUCAUGCAGCACGAGAUUUUUGGGGCCAGUUCUUCCAGUUUUGACAGUGUGUAAGCCAGGAGCAGCCAUACAUUUUACAAACAAGAAUAAACGACCCUUAGCAACAUAUGUCUGUGCUGGCAGCUCCAACGUAAUCAUAAAUAAGGAACCCUGCUAGGCAGGAAUGUAUCCGGGCUCCGCAUACGGUCAGUACGGACAAAGCAUCUGCCUUCCUCCCGUUAUAUUAAUGAGGUGCAGGCACUGGAAUCCCUAUGCUCUACGGCUGCGUUUGCUGGAUGGGGACAAAGGACUUGGAGGAACAAAUGCUAACCCAGAGCAACGGAGCUUUAUUUGUUUUAAAGCCUGUAUUUCAUUUUAGCGAUGCUUUGCUCUUGUCCCCCGUCUCGCCAGGCUCUCACAUGUUACCGCAGUCGCCAGCUUGGCCGUGCUGGAACUUCUUUGCUGAACCUUCACCACUGCUCUCUGCUCCCAGCCCAGUGCGGAGGCCCAAGGACCCAAGCCUUGCUGCAGCUUAAUGGCCGGUGGCUCCCCCACGUACCGUGGGGACAGCACUUAGGACAGAAAGGUCCCUUUUAUGCAGCCAGGUGCUGUAGGAUGCCAUGGUGAAGCAGAGGACAAACCAUGUGCGCUGCAAACUCUCAAAGGGCCAAGCGUGGCCCCUGUGGAGCUGAGCUGCAGCAGCGCACAGGGCUGGGACCACGCUCAGCCUGAUCUCUGCUCGCUCCUAAAUUCAAGCCCUGGCCUGCUGUGCUGCCUAACGGAAAGGACAGGGUCACCCCAGACACCAGCCUCCCCCUGCGUCAGCCCCGCCAAAACAAUUGCAAAGACGUCUUCGGGUAGAAAGGGAGAGCGGGGGAGCUGGAAGCUGAGUGCACCCUAAUAAAUUUAAUCUCUACAUCACAUUAAAGUGUAGUAGCUAAAUUUAUUUCUCCUUCCAAUCAAAACAAUACUCGCUUCGGUCCCAAAACAGUAGUGAGAUUUCUUCCCCC